CUCUGAGCGUCUCGUCUGCAGAAUCAAACCGCUGUCCAUCGAUUUUCAGUUUAUCAGCAAGUAUGAAAGGAGACGAUAGCAAUUUAGACAUAAUGCCUCCAAGGAAGAAAAAGAACAAUGGACCCAAUAAGAUGUCUGAUAAUCUGAGGUUAAAAAAGACAACUUUGAGCAAAUCCCAGAAACGGAAGCUGAAGAGGUUGGAGGAAGAGAAGGAGAAAGAGCUCCUCUCUGCCAAAACCGCUGAGUUGUUAGACAAGUACAAAAUAUCUGAAGAUGUGUCUUCCCUUUUACAAUCUUCAAAAGCUAUUGGAAGAUCUGAUACUAAGCUGGAGAAACGUAGGAGACCAAUGCAACUCUCUAAAGCUGGUGUUGUGUCUAUUCAUUCUGAUGAACCAGUCCUGGACAAUGAUUCUUACAUGGACGAGCCUACCACACCGGAACCUACUGAAAAUGUUGAUAUCCCGAGUCUUCACACUGAUUCUGAGCCAUUUGUUAAUGCAAAUGAGCUUGAUUCUAAAGUGACGAUUCCUGCUGAAGAAGUCUGUGAAGAAGAUGAACCUGUAGUGGAUAUGAAUCUACUGAAAGCUGGUCGUGAUGAUGAUGAUGACGAAGAAGGCUUUCGGAGAAUGGAUGAGAGUGAAGAUGUAACUGUUCAAGGACCUGCGUUUGUAGUUCAUGUUUCAAGACCAGCUGAAGUUGAACGGUCCAGGAAGGAUCUUCCUAUUAUAAUGAUGGAGCAGGAGAUCAUGGAGGCUAUUAAUUAUCACCCCACCGUUAUUAUUUCAGGAAAGACCGGUUGUGGUAAAACCACUCAAGUUCCUCAGUUCCUUUAUGAAGCUGGUUUUGGUUCAAAGCAAUUCAGCUCUCGAAGUGGGGUUAUUGGUAUCACACAACCACGUCGUGUGGCUGUCCUUGCCACUGCCAAGAGAGUGGCGCAUGAGCUUGGUGUUCGUCUCGGUCAAGAAGUCGGGUUUCAGGUCAGGUACGACAAAAAGAUUGGCGAGAACGCAGCCAUCAAGUUUAUGACCGAUGGGAUUUUACUUCGUGAAAUUCAGAAUGAUUUCUUAUUGAGGCGUUACUCUGUGAUAAUUCUUGAUGAAGCUCAUGAAAGAAGCUUGAACACAGACAUUCUAAUUGGGCUGCUCACUCGAGUCAUCAAAAUCCGACAGGAAUACUACAAGGAACAAGAGAAGAUUCUACAAUCUGGAGGCACAAUAAAUUCAGAAAACGGAAUCAUCACGCCGCUUAAACUUAUAUUGAUGAGUGCAACUUUGCGAGUGGAAGAUUUUGUUUCAGGGAAAAGGUUGUUCCCUAAGCCACCUCCGGUAAUAGAGGUUCCCACGAGACAGUACCCGGUGACUAUACAUUUCUCCAAGAACACUAAGAUGCGUGAUUAUAUCAAUGAAGCUUAUAAGAAAGUUAUGUCGAUUCACAAGAAGUUGCCACAAGGAGGAAUACUUGUUUUUGUGACGGGACAAAGGGAAGUUGAUAAUUUAUGCGGGCAAUUACGUAAGUCGUCAAAGGAACUUGUUAGAAUAGAUGCUUCUGAGAAGAAGAGCCUGGAGGAUGGUUCGUUUGGUGGUGUUGACAUGAAGGAGAUUGCUGAAGCAUUUGAUGAUGGCUCAAACACUGAAAAUUACAGGUUUAACUCUUAUGGAGAAGAUCCUUAUGAAACUGGUGAUGCAAAAUAUGACGAUUUUGAUGAAGAUGACAUGUAUGACUCUGAUGAUGAAAGCGACUGGGAAACAGUUGAUGACGACAACCUUACGAAUUCACUUGUAGAAAAUGGGAAGUUUGAUGCUCUUCGUGCAGCGUUUAAAGCUUUGGCAGACAAAAAAGGAUCUGAAUCUAUGGAGAUAACAAAGUCUACUGAAGCAGAGGAGGUUCAAGAAGCUGAGCUGGAGAAGAAGCCGUUUACCCCAGGAAAGUUACGUGUUCUUCCACUGUAUGCGAUGCUAUCUUCAGCUGCACAGCUCCGAGUGUUUGAGGAAGUUGAGGAAGGAGAAAGACUUGUGGUUGUGGCAACUAAUGUAGCGGAAACUUCUCUGACUAUUCCGGGGAUAAAGUAUGUGGUUGAUACUGGUCGGUCCAAAGCGAAGAUUUACGAUAUAGAGACUGGUGUGGAAAAGUAUGAAGUAGAUUGGAUUAGUCAAGCUUCAGCUAGCCAACGAGCAGGAAGAGCUGGACGAACCGGACCUGGUCACUGUUAUCGUCUCUAUUCAUCUACGGUAUUUAGCAACACAUUUAAGGAAUCUUCUCCUCCUGAAAUCACCCAAGUUCCUGUUGAGGGAGUCGUUCUUCAGUUGAAAUCUAUGAACAUUCAAAAGGUUGAAAAUUUCCCGUUUCCAACUCCGCCUAAGCAAUCAUCCAUUAGACAAGCAGAGAUAUGCUUAAAGGCUUUAGAGGCUGUCGACAGCAACGGAAGGUUAACACCAUUAGGGAAGGCUAUGUCUGACUAUCCCAUGAGUCCACGUCACUCAAGAACGCUUCUCACAGUCAUCCAAAUGCUGAAAGAGGCACAGAACUACUCCCGGGCAAAUCUGGUCCUUGGAUAUGCGGUUGCAGCAGUAGCUGCCUUGAGUGUACAAAACCCUUUAAUAAUGCAGUUUGAAGGAGAGAGCAAAAACGAGUCUGAAGAUGCUUGCAAAACCGACAAAGAGGACGAUAAACUACGGAGGAAAGAUCGGAAAGAUAAAAUCAAAGCUACUCGUGACAGAUUUUCCAACCCGAGCAGCGAUGCUUUAACCGUAGCUUACGUGUUGCAGUCCUUUGAGGUCGCGGAGAAUGACUUGGGCUUCUGCGAGUCGAACGGUUUGCAUUGGAAGACGAUGGACGAGAUGUCUAAGCUCAAAGAUCAGCUCCUGCGACAUGUUUUCAGCUGUUGUAAGUCCUCUGAUGCUGAAAACGUUUUCUCAUGGACUCAUGGGACUAUACAAGACGUGGAGAAGUCAUGGAGAAUCACCGCAUCUUCAAAAACCCCACUUUUACAGAAGGAAGAAGAGCUCUUAGGAGAAGCCAUAUGUGCGGGAUGGGCAGACCGUGUAGCCAGAAAGACUAAAUCCACCGAGUACCAGGCGUGUGCUGUUCAAGUACCUGUUUUCUUGCACCGCUGGUCUUCUCUCAUAAACUCUGCCCCAGAGUUAUUAGUCUACAGUGACCUCCUGGAAUCCAACAAACCUUACAUGCAAAGGGCGACAAGGGUGAAGCCAGAGUGGCUGGUUAAACACGCAAAGUCUCUCUGUGUAUUCUCCACGCCGCUCAAGGACCCAAAACCUUAUUACUCGAGGGAGCUGGAUAAAGUUUUCUGCUGGGUCGUUCCUAGUUUCGGCCCUCAUCUUUGGGAGCUUCCGGCUCACAGUGAGGAAGUAAGAGAUGAUAGAGACCGAGCAGCAGUUUUCGGUUGUGCAUUGCUUCAAGGAGAGGUGUUGCCUUGUUUGAAAAGCGUUAGGCCGUUGAUGGCUGGGAAACCUGAAACGUUGUUGGAAAGAGAAGCUUGGGGUUUAGAAAGAGUUGGGAGUUUGGUAAAAGCUUUGGAAGAGAAGAAGAUUGAUAGUUUGGAGAUGUUGAGAAAGAGUUGGGAACAAAAUCAAAAUGUGCUCUACUCGGAGAUUGAAGCUUGGUUUCAGAAGAAGUCUCGUCACCAUGUUAAAGAGCUUUGGCAUAGAAUGCUGCAGGAGGCUCAGGUCGUGCCUUUUGAACGUUCUGGGAAACACAGGCUUCACACAAAUGGAGUUUCUUGAUGCUGACAAAGGUCGCCGGUUAGAGAGUUCUACUGGUCGGGUAGCUACAAGGGACAUUGUUCAGUUUGUGCCAAUGAAAGAAGUCCACAGUGGACAAGUUUCCGUGGUGCAGGCACUUCUAGAAGAACUUCCUGGCCAGUUUUUGAGCUAUGUCCGUUGCAGAAAUAUUAAUCCGGUGGGAGCUCCUACGAUUUGAGCUAACCAGUAGCGUAUAGAUUCCAUCUUCUUCUGUUUUCGCAUGUUAUAGUCACUCGUUAUUUACUUGGGUUGGAGAAAAAAAAAUUGGAGUUGCUAGGAUACUUGAUACUAUAUAAAUUGCCUUUGACAAAAUAUCAAUAUGUCACAAGUAUUAAAUGUCGUGUUACAAACUAGAUCUUGUAUUAGGAACUGUAAAUACAAGCUUUAGUCCCCACAAAUAAUGCUUUAAUU